AUGGAGCGCAGGGCGAGGCGGCGGCACGUGCCGGCGUUCGGGGAGUGGAACUACCACUGCUCGCCCUCCUCCCCGGACGAUGCCCCGCUGGAGCCGGCCCGGGCGGCCGAGUGGUGGUGCUCGCCGGAGCCGGCGGAGGCCCGCAGCGACGCCUGGUUCCGCUACUCGCCGCCCCCGCCGCGCAGGCCGGCGCCCAGGAAGGCCAGGAGGACGCAGGAGAAGCGGCCGCAGUACUGCAGCGGGAAGGGGGGCGGCGUGGCCGUGGCGGCGGCCUCCCGCAGGGUGGUCCGGCCCGUGGACGAGGACCUGUACCAGGUGACGUCGCCGGAGUUCGUCGUUUCCACCCGCCGCCCGCGGCAGAAGAGAGCGGCGAGGAGCCUGUGGAUGGGUUGCCUGGGAGGCCUCGGCUGCAUCGCCUGAAGCGGACGAGAGAUCAAGACUACCCUUGGCAUAUAACCUGGA